CAAAGGGCAUUCUGUGUUAUCAGUCAGAGUUUGUUCCGUGCACAGAGAAAACGAUAACCCUGAAAAUUUUACUUGUUUUGUAAGGUUUACAAAUUCAACACAAUGUGUUGUACAGGAAAGUGUGCGAGAUUAGUGGGGUUAAUACUUUUACCUUCAGCUUUUUUGUGUGUGAUAGCUAAUAUACUAUUGUUUUUUCCUAAUGGAGAGAAGUUGGAAACUUCACAGAUUUCCCUUCAGGUCUGGCUAAUGGGAGGAAUUAUCGGUGGAGGACUGUUUAUGAUGUGCCCAAGCUGCUCAGCAAUCAGAGCUGGGGGCAAAGGCUGCUGUGGGGCAGGCUGCUGUGGAAACCGUUGCCGGAUGCUGAAUUCAGUGUUGUCGUCUGUAUUUGGGAUUAUUGGGGCUCUCUACUGUGCCUCUGUUGCCUCAGCAGGACUGGCUGUUGGACCAAAAUGCCUAGUGGAGAGUGGAAAAUGGGAAUAUCCCUUUGAGGAAUCAAAAGGGAACAGCAGCUAUCUGGUGGACGAGACACUCUGGUCACUCUGUGUUUUCCCAGGGAAUGCAGUUCUCUGGCACAUCGUACUGUUCUCCAUAGUUUUAGGUCUGGGUCUGCUCCAGAUGAUUCUCUGUGGCAUUCAGGUUUUGAAUGGAUGCCUUGGCUGUCUCUGUGGAGACUGUCGUGACAAAAAAGAGGAUGAUGGAGGUCUAUGAGAUCUGCUAGGAAGAAAAAAACACUGAUUUUACUAAACACUGGAAUUCUUACAAGACAGCCAGAGCUUGAGGAACAGACUCAAAACCUUGGGCGUAUAGUACAAAAAGCCUUUCAAUGAAAUAUAUUCAUUGAAAUUUUUGUCUUUGAAAACUGUUUAAGUGAAUGUUUGUAAAUCAAUGCCUUUUUAUCCUAAAUGAUGUCAUAUUACAUUUAACAUAAUUUGCUGACAUUUAUUUAUCUGACAUUGAUUUAUAAAGGUAUGAAUUAUUAAACCAAAAUGCCUAGGUUCCGAUUGUUUAAA